UUUACGGCAGGAGGCGGAGAGAGAGUAUUCGCCGGUGCAUUUGGUGUGCAUCAUCGAGCAUAGGCAAUGGCACCCCCAUCUGUAAGAUAGUUGCCGAGGCUUUCACUCGGGCUAUAACAGUACAGCGAUCAGCCAGCUGUACUCCGGCUGAAGCCAUGAGUGUUGACCUAGAUUUAAUGUAAUCCAUCUCCGAGAAGUAUCAUAUCGGCGCUGGACAAGCCACACGGGUCGUGACUAUGGGGAAUAUGCAGUGCCUCCGAGGUUUCUUCGUGUCCGAACCCGUCGAUGCGAAGGCGGCGCUCAGAGCCAGUGACGCCCCGGCUGGCCCCCUCACCCACAAGAUCAGCAGCAGCAUCACGUACCACUACCACCCGGACCCCCACACGCCCCCUCCCCCGGACCCCUCCCGGUCCGACCCAGGGGGGGGUCCCCCGCCGGCCCCCACCCCCCCCUCGCCGGCCCCCCGCACCCUGGUCCUCUUCCUCCCCUGGCUGGGCGCCAGACCCGAGGCGCUGGCCAAGUACCGGGCGCUGUACCUGGGGCGCGGCAUGGACGUGCUGACGGUGGAGAGCGGCGCGGGGCUCUUCCUGUGGCCGCGCUGGGGGCUGGCGUACGGCCGGGACGUGCUCCGCCUCCUGGAGCAGCCCUGGCUGCAGCGGCGCCCCCUGCUGGUGCACGCCGUCUCCAUCGGCGGCUACACCUUCUCCACGAUGCUGAGCCACCUGGCCCAGGGUCCCGAGAGGUACGCCCGCAUCACGGAGCGGGUCCGAGGGCACGUCUACGACAGCAUGGUGGCCGGGAGCCUGGAGCACAUGGCCGCAGGCCUGGGUAAGACUCUGUUUCCCCGUCUGGAGUUCCUGGUGAGGAACGCCGCCCUGUUCUUCUUCUGGCUCUUCCGUCGCCACACGGCCGACUUCUACGACAGCGGCGUGCACGUGUUCCGCAACAACCCCGUGCGCGCGCCGGCGCUCUUCUUCUUCUGCGACAACGACGUCAUGUGCGACCCGGUCGCCAUGGAGACGGUGAUGGAGCUGUGGCGGGGGCGGGGCGUGGCGGUGGACCGCUGCCGCUGGCCCGUGUCCGUGCACGCCGCCCACCUGCGUUGCCACCGCGACGAGUACCUCGCCGCGCUCGAGGCCUUCCUGAGCUCGCUGCCGACGACGCCGCUGGCGGCGUCGGCAGCGAGCUCAGGGAAGCCUCAAGCGCUCACGGACGUUGUUUAGACACGAUCGACGCGCAAACACGGGGAACGCCGGGAGUCAGAAGCUGUGAGGUCAGUCAAAGGGGGUCGGUUUAGCUCCGGAAGGUUAACCGGAAGGUUGCUAGUUCGAUCCCCCUCACGUUCAUGUGACGAGGUGUCGCAGAGCAAGUUACCGAACCCGACUGUCUCCGGAUAGGCCGGCUGUCGCCUUGCACGGUUUUACUCCGCCGUCGGUGUGGGAAUGUGUGCACUAAACCUUGUAAGUCGCUUUGGCUAAAAGCGUCUGCUAAACGCCCUCAAUGAAGAACGGGAAGGUUCGGUACGCCGGCUCAAUCAAAACGGCGUCCGUCUGCACUCCCAUAGAGGAACCACUGGCGAACCUCGGAGCGAUGCGUGAACAACGGAACAAUGCAAACUACGAAGUCGUGCAAACACGGACCUUUGGUUCUUAGGUUCUUAGGUUCUCUGUCCCUUGUUUGAGGCUUUCCAUUUCAUUUUAAGUUUUUAUCUGUUUUGCAAAGUGUAAACCACUGAAGUUUCAACGUUUUAUGUGUAUUGGAUUUAACAUAGAUAAUGUUAAUUUAAUAUUUAUAUACAAACCCAGGUAGUACAAUUUCCAUCAGUGGCCAGUGUUGCUUUAUGUUAUUUUACUUAUUAUUAAGAGCAUGACAAAGUGUCUUUUGAAUGGAACUUUUAAAUGUAUGUGUUUGGUAACAAUUUACAAUAAGAGUACAUUGAUAUCCGUAGUCAGAAAGCUGUUGAGAACUCUCAGAGCAGGUUACCUUGAAUUGGGCAUGUGUCACUGUUUAUUUGUCAUGAUAUAGUUCUCUAUAUGCCUGCUUAGUUUGCACAGAGAAAGAUGCUGAGAAAUGCUGAGAAAUUGCCCACUUGUAUGAAAUUGUUUUAAUUCCUUGACAUAAUUGCACAUCCGCCAAUCAAUAUGUCAAUUCAUGCAAUGAGAGAUCACAAAUAAAAAAAUAUUUCUUGAAUAAUGGCUUUCUGGGAUAUGUCAGGUGUUCAGGGAUACAAAUACUAAACCUCUGGGCAUGUUUUGAACAUUUUUCAUUCACAUGACAGAAGUCUUUUUUUCGAGUUGCGCUGCAGUGAUUAAAAAGUAAGUGGAUCAAGUUUUGCCAACUAAA